AUGGCCACAAUCAAAUCCGAAGCAAUGCCGCAGGCCCAGGAUGUCUCUAGCAAGGAGGACUUUUCCAACAGCGCGUCCUCCGUCCUUGAAGCUGGGAGACAACCCGAAGAAGAGCCUCUGGCCCCGGUCCGAAAUGUCCAUGGAAUCAAGUGGGUGCUGGCGUACGCUUCUCUCAUUUCCACCGUCCUUUUCUACUCCCUUGACGGAACCAUUGUCGCCGAUAUUCAACCGUCCAUUGUUGUGACCUUGGGGGAGAUUGAUAAGUUGCCCUGGAUCGGGGUGGCCAUCGCGCUGGGAACGAUCGCCAUCCUUCCACUGGGCAAAGCCUACGGGAUCUUCAAUGCCAAAUGGCUGUUCUUGUCGUGUGUCACCGGCUUCGAAGUGGGCAGCGCGCUCUGCGGGGCGGCUCCCAAUAUGAACGCCUUGAUCGUGGGACGAGUCAUCCAGGGGGUGGCGGGCUGCGGUUGCUAUAGUGGUGCCUUGACCUACAUCUCCAUGACUACCUCCAAGAACGAGCGCCCCCUGUACCUGUCCGGGGUCGUCGCCAUGUGGGGUCUGGGGAGCGUUUUAGGUCCCAUCAUCGGCGGCGCAUUCGCGCAGAGCAGCGCGACCUGGCGGUGGGCGUUCUAUAUCAACCUCGUCGUGGCCGCGCUCGUCGCCCCGGCCCUGAUUCUCUGCCUUCCCAACAUCAACCCCGUCGACAUGCCGUUUAUGCAGAAGCUCCGGACCCAGGACUGGGUGGCCAUCGUCAUUUUUCUCGGGGGCGCCGCCUCGCUGACCAUGGCCAUCACGUUUGGCGGGGUCACCUUCGCCUUCCAGGACGGCUCCGAGAUCGCGCUGUGGACGGUGACGGGGGUGCUGCUCGUCGUCUUCAUCCUCGUCACCUGGCUCCAUCCGCUGGUCCCCGCCGAGAACCGGCUGUAUCCCAUCCACCUGAUGAAGCGCAUGGAGAUCAACAUCCUGCAGUAUGCGAUUUUCGUCGCCUCGGGCGCCAUGAUGAUCACCUUGUAUUACACCCCGUUGAUCUUCCAAUUCACCCGCUCCGACGGGCCCUUGAUGGCCGGGGUUCGCCUCCUGCCCUUUGUUUGUCUCAUCGUCUUCUUCGGCAUUGUCAACGGCGCACUCAUGCCGAAGUUCGGCUAUUACAUGCCGUGGUAUGUCUUUGGAAAUGCUAUGAUUCUUAUCGGGUCAUCGCUGAUGCUGACCAUCGACGCAAAGACUUCGACCUCCCGAAUCUAUGGGUACACCGCGGUAAUUGGCGCCGGGGUGGGUUCAUAUGUGACCGCGGGAUUCGCCGUGGUGCAGGCCCUGAUCCCCCUCGCAGACAUGAACAAUGCCGUCGGCUUCAUGGCAAUUGGUCAAAUGAUGGGUCAAAUUGUUCUCCUCAGUGUCGCCGCAUCCUUGUAUCAGAAUAUCGGGGCCAACAAGCUGCACGACCUUCUCCCCGCGUAUUCCCGCGCCGAAGUGCAGGAUUUGACGACUGGCCGACAGAGCACGUUGUUCCAAACCCUAAGCCCGGCGCUGCAAACCCAAGUCAUCGCCGAGGUGACCCUCGCCAUCCGCAACGUCUUUGCCAUUCUCGUGGCUGCCUCGGCCCUGGGGUUCAUUGGUUCCCUGUUCUUGAAGCGCCAUAAAUUAUACUAA